GGGGCGCCGAUGGCGGUGGCUGAGGAGCCGGGGCUGGGGCGGCUGAACGUGAAUGUGGGCGUCCUGGGCCACAUCGACAGCGGCAAGACGGCGCUGGCCCGAGCGCUCAGCACCGCCAGCUCCACCGCCGCCUUCGACCGCGCGCCGCAGAGCCGCGCCCGCGGCAUCACCCUGGACCUGGGCUUCUCGUGCCUCUGCACCGCGCUGCCCCCGCGCCUCGGCCCCGGCCAUCUGCAGUUCACGCUGGUGGACUGCCCGGGCCACGCCUCCCUCAUCCGGACCAUCAUCGGCGGUGCCCAGAUUAUUGAUUUGAUGAUGCUUGUAAUAGAUGUGACAAAAGGGAUGCAGACUCAGUCAGCAGAGUGCUUGGUGAUUGGACAAAUUGCUUGCCAGAAGAUGGUAGUAGUUCUGAACAAAAUAGAUCUCCUUCCAGAGGGGAAGAGACAGGCUGCCAUUGAGAAGAUGACCAAGAAAAUGCAAAAGACCUUGGAAAAUACAAAGUUCCAUGGGUGUCCUAUUGUUGCAGUGGCAGCUAAACCAGGUGGACCAGAAGCCCCAGAGACUGUGAAUCCACUAGGUGUUUCUGAAUUAAUUGAGGUCCUGAAGUCUCAGGCUUACCUGCCAUCAAGAGAUCCCUCUGGACCCUUCCUUAUGGCAGUUGAUCACUGUUUCUCUAUCAAGGGUCAAGGCACAGUGAUGACAGGGACUAUUCUUACUGGCUCUGUUAGCCUAGGUGAUAAUGUGGAGAUUCCCGCCCUGAAGGUGUCAAAGAAAGUCAAGUCCAUGCAGAUGUUCCAUACUCCUGUGACUUACGCCAUGCAGGGGGACAGGGUAGGCAUCUGUGUGACCCAGUUUGAUCCCAAGCUGCUAGAACGGGGCCUCAUCUGUACCCCAGAAUCUCUCCAGACCAUACAUGCUGCCAUUAUCUCCCUGAAGAAAAUUCAGUAUUUUCGAGGUGCGCUGCACACCAAAGCCAAGUUUCAUAUCACAGUUGGUCACGAAACAGUUAUGGGACGAGUAAUGUUCUUCAGUCCAGCCCCUGCUGACUUCAACAAAGAGCCCCUGGACAACGCGUUUGAUUUUGAAAAAGAUUACCUUUAUCAAGAAGAAUAUUUGUCCAAGGAUUCAAAGGCUUCUGAUGAAAACAAGGAUAAUGACCAGACAGGAGAGCAGCUCCCGAAGCAACAGUGGGCCUUAGUGGAGUUUGAAAAACCAGUCACUUGUCCUCGACUCUGUCUUGUAAUUGGGUCAAAACUGGAUACUGAUAUUCAUGCAAACACCUGCAGGCUGGCAUUCCAUGGGGUACUGCUUCAAGGCCUAGAAGAUAAAAACUAUACAGAGACUUUCCUUCCAAAGCUGAAAGUGUACAAACUGAAGCACAAAGAAGGUCAAGUGGAAAGGGUGAUAGAUGAUUACAGCGUGAUCGGUCGUUCGCUGUUUAAAAAGGAAAGCAACAUCCAGAUUUUUGUGGGGCUGAAAGUCAAGCUAUCUACAGGAGAGGAUGGCAUAAUAGAGGGUGGCUUUGGGCAGAGUGGUAAAUUUAAAAUCCGAAUCCCAGAUGGGCUCAAGCCAGACACAAAGGCACUUCUGACUGUUGCCUCUAAGAAGAAAUCCAGAGCAGGGAAGGGGGAUGCAGCCAAAGAGGAUGACAGCACCAAAACUGAGUCAGCCCAGCCUGUUGCCAUCAGCCUUCUCUUUAAAAGAUAUGUCUUUGACACGCAGAAGAAAAUGAUUCAGUCUUGAGAAGGCAGAAGAGGCCCUCUGGGUGAUGUCUGAAGUACCCUGAAAAGGCUAGACUCCAAAAUGAGCUUGGCUGGAAAAUAUUUGUUGUCUGAACACACAUUAAACUCUAAUAAAAGGUUUUGAUCUUAGAAACAUUGUAGAUGGAUUCCUUCCUUAUGAAUUAAGGCUAGAAGCUGUUCCUUUCCCUACAGCUUAGCUUGGUCCCCAGAAUCCAUUUGUUCAGAUACUGCUCUUUGAAUCUGUCUGUUGUGCUUCAUGGCCCCUUGGACAAUGUCAGCUGCUAAUUCUAUGCUUACUGUUUGUAACCAAAAGAAAUAGUUUUUUUUAUGGAGCAUUUGAAGUCUCUUUUAUUUUAAACAGUCCCCAACAAUAUAGAAAUCUAAACCUGAUGUCAUUUGGGGAAUUUUAUUUGUAAAUGAAAUCACCAGUCUAGUUUCACUGCCCCAAGUUGAAUUGGAGGCAAAAAAAUAUAUACUGUGAAUGGGUGAAAACAAAAAAUAGAUGUUUCCAAUUCUUUCAGAUCUAAGUAUACAAGGGGCUGUUUGUAAGACAGGUAUGGAAUUGUUUUAUAUGUAUUAUUUGUACCUUGGCUGUCUGCCAUGUUAUGACAUCCAUAAAGCCACAAAUAAUUUGAUGGUCUAUAGUGUUAUGUUUGCUAUCCUGGAGGUUCAAGACUGCUUUUCUACAAUAUUUCACACAGCUUUUCUUGAGUCUGCUGGCUAUUUCUUUGAAUCUGGAGGGAAUCGGGAGAGUAAGCCAUUCUGAGCCACUACUGAGAACAGUUUUCAUUUUUUGUAAGCAAUAUGGCUGUUUUGUGAAAACCAAAAAAAAAAGUUAUCUCUGGAAAUAGUCAGUGGCUUUAGUUCAUUAAAGUAAUGAUAGUAGCUUGUGAUAUAAGGCCUUGUAAACUGAAUAUCUCCAAGAUGCUUUAGAAACCAUUAGUUGUUGAAAGGGGGUCUCAAGGGUACUUUAGUAUUUCUCUUGAUUUAAUGUCCUAACCUCAUAAAAGCUUGGAGAAUUAUGGGUCUCCAGUGGUCCCUGUUUGUUUCUUGUAGAGCAUAAGCCACCGUAACAUUGAUAACAAACAAUGAUUAUACACAUACAGAAGCUGCUGUUUUUAGCAGAGACGAACUUGGGAUUUGCCAUGCAAAAAGCAUUAGUCCCUGCUACUUGAGCAAAAGGAGAAACUCGUUUGCUGUCGGCAAGUGUUAGGCUGUUGUAAUUUCUGGGAGCAGCCAUGAGAGUAAGAUUACCACCUGCACCAAGCCAGGGCAUUACUUGAGGUGACUCUAGGUCAUUAUCUUCCCUGCUUAUGAAAUCAUUAUUAAGUAGUAAUUCAGUGAUGGAAGUAAUGGUGGCCAGUUAACUUGUGCCCAUCCAGCUGGCUUAGAUGGCAGAGCAAAAUAUUGUACUAUCCUUCUUGUGUAUUUUAUUUUUAAUUUCCAGAUGACAGAAACAGACUAAAGGGCAAAACACGAACUGGCCCCAAGGCAGGGUAAGGUUGAGUGCCUACACUAGCUUGACAGUGCCACUUUAAAUGAGCACAAAAAUAGUGCUUUGUGGACUAAUCCCAAACGGUUUCUGCUGAGUGAGUGAGUCCCAGGCAAAGCUUUAGCACAUCCCUUAAGAUUAUGGGGUGUGCUUUCAGUUUGAUCCACGAGGAAUUAGGCAGGCAACUUCAGCUAGGGCUUAAUGUGACUUGCACUGCCAGCCCUGCUGGAAAAUGUAUUCCUCUGCAAGGGAAAAAUGCGUCUCCCUCCCCCCACAACUCUGCAGACUCUCUCCUGCCCUCCCAUGUUUCCAAGAAUAUUUAUUACAUUCUCUAUUUUCUAUGUCUUAAUCAAAUCCCAUUUUGCACCCUUUACUUCAGACACUAGAACUUUGCUCAGUGGUUAGAUGCUACAACUAUGGGUGCUAUAGAAAACUGUUAUCUUGAUGACAUAGAGGGAAACUCCUUUAUAUUGCAUCAGCUUAGUCUGAGAAUUAUUUUAUAAAUACCUCUUUCAGAGGAAAUUCAGAAAGGAUGAGUUGAUCUCUUGCAAUUAUUUAAGAACCUGCAGCAGUGUUUAUCUGUGUUAAUGCUGGUGCUGUUCCCACAUUUUAAACGGGAGAAUUUAAUACUGCCAACCUGACAUUCACCUUGAGUUACAGUGGGGAACGAUGGUCUCUGCGACUUGCCAUAAACUCUGCUGUGUGAUAUUGCUGGCUGCUGUGUUCCAGACCAAAGUUGGCAGCAUUUCACUGAUGGUUUAGUGAUUGUUGUCUGGAUGGUUUGUAAGACUAUUUCUGUGUGGAAGGCACUAUAUGAAUGCAAGGUAUUGUAUGCUGUUAUGCAAUAUUAUCUAUUUAAUAUUUUAUCAGUUUUCCUUGUUUUUUCAACCUGUUCUCUCCCGUUACUCGAGGCAGCCUCUCUGAGCCAAUUGCUUGUUAUGGAAUUUGAUCCGUCUGACACCAUGCGGGUUAGCAAUACUCACUGAGCCAGUACAGCCCUCUGUCUGCCUGAACAGCUGCCUAAUGCUUUAUAAUUCUGUACAGAAACCCCUGCUGAAAAGUACACUAUCCCUUUGCUUUAGUCACCUCACAGAGUGUGAUAUUUUAUAGGACAGAGGGCUGGUGGUAUCUGCUAAGAACCAUUUGGGGGUUUCCCCCUCCCUUUUUAAUUCCAAAAGGAAGACUUAAAAUGUGCCCGAGAACUUUGAUUACAAUGUGCUAUUACUGCAGAUCUCUGGCUGCUGUCCUGAGGCUGUUGGAUACACAUUCAAAAAAAGGGUGAAAUGGUGGAACAAAAUGAUUAUGGGAAAAUCAAAGCUUUUAAAGACAUUUGUAGGAUGAACAGAUGUUCAAACAUUCUUUUAUUUGGUUUCCAGACAGACACAGAGACUUUCCUUUCAUCCUGGUAAUCAGUGCAUUAUGGUGUAAUUUGUAAAAAUGACAUUAAAAAAAUAUUAACAGG